GUGUAGCCUACGGUCACACGGAAAGCACCAAGGUGAAUUCCAGUAUAGGCUAUUUCACCCUCUAGGUGGCUGGUAACUUUGUGGAAAUAUGGGAUCCGUCACAGAGAAGAUUUUGGUGGCGCUGUUUAUGGUCUUCAGUUGCGGCAUCGCCUGUUCACACUCUUUUAAUGUUGGAACAUCGGGAGCAAAAGUAUUCGCUGGUCCAAUUACUGAAGAAUUUGGAUACAUUGUGCAACAGUUCACUAAUUAUCAAGGCAAAUGGCUCCUGGUUGGUGCUCCCUGGAGUGGCUACCCACAGAAUAGGAAAGGGGAUGUUUACAAGUGUGAGAUCCCAGGGCACAUAACCACUUGUGCAAAACUCAACUUGCAAAACGCUGUCAUCAUCCCAACUGUGAAAAACAUUGACGUCAACAUGAGUAUUGGUUUGACACUUACACGACCAGCCAGCAAGGACAGAUUCUUGACAUGUGCACCUCUGUGGGCCCAGAAAUGUGGCAGCCAAUAUUUCACCCGUGGAAUCUGUGAUGAAGUGGAUCCCCUCUUCAGUCCGUUAUCCCCGUUCUCUCCAGCCAUUCAGACUUGUGGGGGUCCAAUGGAUAUUGCAAUUGUUCUGGAUGGGUCUAAUAGCAUUUGGCCAUGGCCGCCAGUUGUUGCAUUUCUCAAGAAAUUGUUAGAGAAUUUGGAAAUUGGUCCAGAAAAUACUCAGGUGAGUAUUGUUCAGUAUGCAGUUAACCCAUCUUUUGAAUUCAGACUGAACUCCUAUAAAACCAAAGAGUCCAUUGUCACUGCUGCCUCAAAUAUACCUCAAAGACAGGGCACUGAAACAAAUACAUUCCGUGCCAUUGAAUUUGCCAGGGAGCAAGCUUUCUUGCCACAAAACGGAGGCCGUCCUGGGGCAAGUAAAGUGAUGGUGGUCGUGACGGACGGAGAGUCUCACGAUAAGAGCAUGAGGGACAGUGUCAUCAGGAAGUGUAAGGAAGCCCAGAUCACACGCUUCGGCAUCGCUGUGCUUGGUUACUAUUUAAGAAAUGACUUGGACACUAGAAACCUCAUUGCGGAAAUCAAGUCAAUUGCCAGUACCCCAGCAGACAAGUACUUUUUCAAUGUGUCAGCUGAAGCUGCUCUUCUGGAGAUCGCAGGAACACUUGGGGACAGAAUCUUCAACAUAGAAGGAACUGGGAAAGGAGGAGAGAAUUUCCAAAUGGAGAUGUCCCAAGUGGGAUUUAGUGCUCAUUAUUCCAGUAAAGAGGAUGUCAUGAUGUUAGGUGCUGUCGGAGCAUAUGCCUGGAGUGGUACUGUGGUCCACCAAACUGCCAAGAAAACAGACAUUUUCCCCCCAAAUGCCUUUGAGAAAAUCUUGGAAGACAGAAACCACAGUUCUUUAUUGGGCUACUCUGUGACAACACUGUCUGAUGGAAACAGAGAAUACUAUGUUGCUGGUGCACCUCGUUCCAAUCACACUGGUCAAGUCAUCGUGUAUACCAUCAAUACCCAGGGGCAGCCUACAGUCAUAGAUUCACAAAGAGGAGAGCAGAUUGGUUCCUAUUUCGGCAGUGUAUUGUGCCCCCUGGAUGUGGAUAAAGACAAUGUAGCUGAUGUACUGUUAGUCGGUGCUCCGAUGUUUAUGAGCGAAUCCAAUAAGGAGUGCGGAAAGGUGCACAUCUUCUCAGUCACAAAGGGCAUUUUGAGUGACCAAGGCUUUCUUAAUGGGUCAUUUUCUUCAGAGAAUGCUCGUUUUGGUAUGGCUAUUUCUGAGGCUCCUGAUCUCAAUCUUGAUGGCUUUAAUGAUGUAGUGGUUGGAGCCCCACUGGAGGAUGACAACAAGGGCGUUGUUUACAUUUACAAUGGAGAAGGGAAGACUAUCAGAAAGAAGUACUCUCAGAAAAUUCUGGGAUCUGAAUUAGAUCCUAAAUUGCGGUAUUUUGGAAGAUCUCUAGAUGUUUAUGGUGAUUUGAAUGAUGAUACAAUUCCAGAUGUUUCUGUUGGAGCCUAUGGCAAUGUGAUCCAGCUCUGGUCAAGAGGGCUAGCGACUGUGAAGACAACAGCUACCUUCUCACCCAAUAAAAUAAGCAUUCUCAGUAAACCCUGCAGUGUCAAUGGCAAGAUGGUCUUCUGUUUCAAAGCCAACAUCUGCUUUAGUGCAUCUUUUAAGCCAAUAGGAUCAGUAGGACCUGUAGCAAUUACCUACAAACUCACUCUGGAUGCAGAUCUGCAGUCAUCUCGUGUCAGCUCAAGGGGCCUGUUCACUAGCAACAAUGAACGACAUCUGCAGAAUGAUGUCACAGUUGAUGCUCAGACCUGUGUAGAACAUGAUGUUUAUGUUCAGGAAGCCCCGGACUUUAUGAACUCCAUUGGUCUACGAGUGGACAUUGACCUGCAGAACCCUGAUGCUAACCCUGUACUAGAUGUGUUCAGUCCAAGUGCCUGGAAUUUCUUUAUUCCUUUCUCAAAGGAAUGUGGUUCUGAUGAUGCCUGUAUAAGCAAUCUGGUGUUGAAAGUCAAGAGGUCAUCCAACCUCUUAAGCUCAACCCCAUUUUUCGUCAGCAACAACAACAGAAGAGUUUCCUUUGACAUUCAUGUGGAAAACAGGAAGGAGAAUGCUUACAAUUCCCGAAUCAUUUCAAUAUUCUCCCAAAAUUUGUUCUACGCUUCUAUAACCCCGCCUAGUGAUGGAACUGAGGUCAAAUGCAUCUCUACUCAAGAAACUGGAAGACUGUCCUGUCAGCUGGGAUACCCUGCUCUCACUACAAACCAACAGGUGACAUUUCAAAUGAACUUUGACUUCAAUCUGAAGCAGUUGCAGAAAGAGGCGGAGAUUCAAUUUGAGGUUAAAAGUGACAGUGAUGAAGAUACUCCUGAAGACAAUAAAGCUGUGCUCUCAUUUCCAGUUCAGUAUGACUCUGAAAUCGGUUUGACAAGAGAGGCCAACAUUAAUUUUUAUGCGGUGGAUGAAAGCGCCCCAGUAAAGACGACAGUGAAUGACUACAAUGACAUUGGUCCAGAAUUCAACUUCACACUGAAAGUUUCCACUGGGAACUUCCCGGUUAGCCUGGUCUAUCUCACAGUCUCCUUCCCAGUUUCCACCAAAGGAGGAAAUCCAUUGUUCUACAUAGCAGGAGUCAACACGCCGUCAGGCAGCGAAGUGAGCUGUGAUGGGAGUACUGUGAUAGACGCGCUGAAGAUGCCCCACACAGUCUCCUUCACCAAGGAGAGCUUCAGAGGAGUAAAAAAGCUGGACUGUGUGAGUGCCACAUGUAAGUCUAUGAAAUGUGUGCUGAAGGAGAUGGCAAUGAAAAGUGAUCACAUGGUCAAUGUCACCACAAGGAUCUGGAAUGGUACGCUGGCCUCGUCAACCUUCCAGUCCAUUGAGCUCACAGUAACAGCGGAAAUAGAGACUUCCAGGCCUGAACUUAUAGUCAUCAGUCAUAAGACGCUACCGGUAGGAAUAAUGAUCAGCAAGUCACAGGAGACAGCGGAGGUGCCCAUUGGAGUGAUCGUGGGCAGUGUGAUAGGAGGGCUUCUCCUAUUAGCCAUCACCGUUUUGCUACUCUGGAAGUUUGGCUUCUUCAAGAGGAAGUACCAGCAUCUGAUGAAGGAGGAAGAUGGGGCUGAGAAUGAAGGACUGCAGGACAACGCCGCCUGAGCCCUGCCCGGUGGAGAACAGCUGCUCUGCUUUACCGCAGAGGAAAAGGAAAAUGAAUUUAUGACCAAGCAUUUGGCACUGAGCCCCCUGGAAAAGCAAAGCAGGCCCUGCACUGUUGUGUGGCUCCGAGCCGCAGACUCUGUUGACCCUCUUGCUGAGUGGACGUGAUUGUUGCUUUGCGGGAAGGCAGUGGAAGGCCUGGGGCAUGGGGACAUAAUGAAUCGGACGCCUUUGACAGCCAAACUGAAAAGGCGGGAGUUUGAUCAAUGUUGGAUAAAGCUGACUCUCAGCCUACAAAGCACAAUGAUAGCACUGUGUCUGCCUGAAAGCAGGACAAUAAUUAACUACUGUACUUUUCUCCCUGCACAGACCUGAAAUAUUGUUUGGCUGCUUAUGCCAUUCUAUGACGCUUUAGCACUUUUCUCCAUUUGGUAUUACUGCCCCAGUUUAGCUGAUGGCUAUCAUUUUUGUAUACGGUUUUGCAUUAAGCAGGUUUGUUUGCUGAGGACAGCAGGGGUGGAUUUCUUUUUCAUUGCAAGACAUAUAGGCAUGCAGUCAAUAAAUCCAAGAAAUGGUUGGUAAUCCAUAGACCAUUCACUCACACACUGAUACCUACAGGCAGUUCUGAUUCUGCAAUUAGCCUUACCUACAUGUAUUUGGACUGUGGGGGGCAACCAGAGUACCUGGAGGAACCCCACAGACAUCAGGCGGGGAAACUCCAUACAGAAAGGCCUCGGCCAGGAUACGAAACCAGGGCCUCCUUGCUGUGAGGUGACAUAGUUCUUCUUUGCACCACCAUGCCACUGGUCUUAUUAAAUGUUUUUUUUUAAAUAUGACUUGAAAAGCAAACCAAUUCAUUAUGAAUAAAGGUCAACUUCAUUGUUGUGCUAUUCAAACUAGAUACAGAAUUUACAGAGCUGUAACUUGGUGUAAAAUGCAAAAGCUGUUUUAUAGAUAGUGCCAUUGGCCGUCUACAGCCCGCUUUGAAAAACAAUUAUUUUACAUGUUAAUAUUUUACAUUUUUAUCAAAUCCAAGGCCGUAUAAUGCAAUGUAAGAGUAAGGGAAAUCAUUAUUAUUAUGAUUAUGCCAACAGAGCAAAAGAUAUCAAUGUCAUUUGGAUGCACGAAAUAGCCCUCAUGACAGCAGUCAUUCAAGAAAUGUAUUUUGUGUGUUCAACUACUACCAUUAUGCUGGCUUACCAGGGAUCAAUUUAAUUUCAGUAAAAGGAAAUAAUAGAAAAAUGAAUUGAAAUUGAAUUCACCCCCACUCUGUUGUUUACAGUGAUUCUAAUUAAGAUGUACAUACAUUUUUUCUUUUUUAUAUCAGGAUUGAACAUUUAAUGUUCUCCAGCAAAGGUGAGCAACAUCAGUCGGUCACACUGCAAUACCAGGCUGAUACUAUGUGGACUUUUGUGCUGACUUUUAUGUAUACAUUUUUUUUACAUUUUUCUUCCUUAAACGGGUACAAUACUACUGGUUUCUUUAAAAUAUAUUUUGAUACCUAUUCUUAAAAUGAUAUCUGGACACAUGUUCUUGAUGGUUGAAAAGUAUUUUAUAUUUGUCGAUGAUGGAGUUUUUAAUAAAUAUUUAUGUAAGGGGUA